UAACAACCCCCUUACCACCACACCAUCAUCCAUCAGAAUGGGCAAAAUCAAGAAGAAGGGAACCUCUGGCCAGGCCAAAAACUAUAUCACCAGAACACAGGCGGUGCGCAAACUUCAGAUCUCGCUGCCCGACUUCCGUCGACUAUGCAUCUUCAAGGGUAUUUACCCUCGUGAGCCGCGGAAUAAGAAGAAGGCCUCCAAGACCUCGACCCCGAGUACUACGUUCUAUUACACCAAAGACAUCCAGUAUCUCCUCCAUGAGCCGCUGUUGAGGAAGUUCCGUGAGCAAAAGUCGCUUGCGAAGAAGAUCGCCCGGUCUCUGGGUCGCGGAGAAGUCGGCGAUGCAUCCCGCCUGGAGAAGCACCAUGCGCCUCGCAUGACGCUGGACCACAUCGUCAAGGAGCGCUAUCCCACCUUCAUCGACGCCCUCAGAGACCUCGAUGAUGCCUUGUCGCUUCUGUUCCUGUUCGCCAGCCUGCCGUCCACCACGCAUGUUCCCCCCAAGACCAUUGCGCUCUGCCAGCGCCUGUGCCACGAGUUCCAGCACUACCUGAUUGCCACCAACUCCCUGCGCAAGACUUUUCUGUCGAUCAAGGGUAUCUAUUACCAGGCGACCAUCCAGGGUCAGGAUAUCAUGUGGCUGGUGCCUUACCGUUUCGUCCAGCGCGUCAAUGGAGACGUCGAUUACCGCAUCAUGGCCACGUUUGUGGAGUUCUACACGACUUUGCUGGGUUUCGUCAACUACCGUCUGUACUCGACCCUCGGCUUGAGAUACCCGCCCAAGUUUGACACCCGCAGCGACGACACGGGUGCCGAAUUGGCCGCGUUUACCCUCGAAGGUCGCUCCGUCGGUGACGCGCCCAAGGCCGUCGAAGCCAGCAACAAGCAGACCAACGGCAGCUCUGCCAACCAGGAAGUCUCGCGCGAGGUCCAGGAGAAGGUGGACAAGGUGAUCCAGUCCGCGGGUCUUGAUAACACCAAGGAUGAGAAGAUGGUGGACACGACCGAGGAAUCGACGGACGCCAUUGACAAAUUCGAGCCUACUGCGCCCGAGGCCGAUACCCUGCCCCAGCCCGAUUUGAGUGUCGAGGAAGCCGGUGCGCUCUUCGCCCCGUUCACCUUCUACAUCUCCCGCGAAGCCCCCAAGGCGCCUUUAGAAUUCCUUCUGCGCUCGUUCGGUUGCAAACGGAUUGGUUGGGACGAAGUGCUGGGUAGCGGGGCCUUCACUCACGACGAGACCGAUAGCCGUAUCACUCACCAGAUCGUGGACCGACCUGCCCUGCCCGAGUCUGCCCUCCCCCCCAUCCCGGCCGCGGCCGAGAACAGUGCCACUCCGAAGGUCAAGCCCGGUACGCGCAUCCCGGGUCGCACCUACGUCCAGCCCCAGUGGGUGUGGGACUGCAUCAAUGACGGAAAGCUGCUCCGUCCUGAUUUGUACGCCCCCGGUGCCACACUUCCCCCUCACUUGAGCCCGUGGGUCAAGCCCUCCAAGGGCGGCUACGAUCCUCGCGCCACUCUGGCCGAGCAGGAGGAGGAAGGCGAAGCGGAGAUCGCCGAGGAUGAGGAAGAGAGCGACGAAGAGAUGGCGGACGCUACCGAGGACAAGAAGGCGGAUGCCAAGGCUGAAGCCUCCGCGGAAGAUGACGACUCCGAGGAGGAUGACUCCGACCCUGAUAUGGACGUUGCUGACUCCGACGAUGACGAGAGCGGAAGCGAGGAGGAGAUCGAAGACUUUGACGGUCUCGAGGACGACGCUGCCUCCGAGUCCGAGGAUGAGGAGGAGACUGCGCGGUCACGUCACCAGAAGGAGCUGGAGGCCGAAGCCGCCGGUCUUCCGUUCUCGUCCAAUGGCGGCGCCGCCGACGACAAGAAGGGCAAGAAGUCGACUCAGGCCAAGAAGAUGGCGUCCAAGAAGCGCAAGGAAGAGGAGGAGCUGGAGAGACAGAAGAUGAUGAUGAGCCGGAAGAAGCGGAAGCUGCUCGAGAAGAUGAUGCACUCGAACAAGAAGACGUCCGACGAGGCGGCGAAGUUGCGGUCCAAGAGAAGAAAGAUGGAGAAGUCGGAGAAAUAAGCGGUGCAAUAAAAGUUAUACAUUUUCUUGGAGGAAACGAUAUCCGUUGGCCAUCAUGGCGUCUUUGUACUGUCUAUAGGAGUUCAU